GUAGUUUAGGUCCUUCUCGGCCGCUGUAGGCCCACUACCACUUUGGAUGGGGCAUCCAGAAGUACACAAGCGUUUCACGGAAGUGCAACGUUCAGGUCCGUAUGGGUCUGGAGGAAAUCAGGUUAGUGAGUGGUUUUAUUCCUGGGAGUUACUUUUUUUGAGUGCAGGAUGAGGGAGGUCCGUGGAAGCGGAGUGACGUGGAUCCGUGGAGUUCUUGGCGGAGGUGGCGGAGGUGUUGGAGAGGUACCCGGCAGUGCGCGACUCGCAGGCCCUAACUUCUCAGGAGCAAAAGAAUCCUAUAAAGGAGGAGGAACUGACAGGAUUUGGGUGUCAGUGUUAGAGCAGAAGACACCAAGACGGCAUCCCAGUAGCCAGCAAUUUUCUGCAAAAAGAAGAAAAUGAUCCAGGCCGAGACCUCCGUGGAACACACCAAGUGAAUACAGGGGACCAAAGCACAUAGACUUCAGCCUCUGGGCCUGGGGAUUUAGCCUGGAAAAAACCCUAAACAUCCUAGGAAAAUGGAAGGAUUGCAAGCUGUGCAAGUGGUUGUCAGUGAGCAGAUAGCUGAGCUGGUGUUUGAAUACAGACUUGGAUAUAGAGAGUUGAAGGUGUUGCUGACGCUGGAGGAUGUGGCUGUGAGGUUCACCCGGGAGGAGUGGCAGCUCCUGGGCCCUGCUCAGAAGGACCUGUACCGGGACGUGAUGCUGGAGAACUACAGCAGCCUGGUGUCCGUGGGGUGUGAAGCCAGCCAGUCAGGUGCCCUGUCCAAGUUGCUGCGUGGAGAACCAUGGACAGCGGAGGAUGAACUCCACUGCCGAACCCCUUCGGACAUCUGGAAAGCUGCUGAUAAUCUACCAAAGCGUUUACAACACGAAAGCAAGGUGAAGAGGUUGGAAAAGUGGCAUGAACAUAAUACAUUUGAAAAUGUUGUUCAACAGAGCAAAACUCAGUUUCUGUUGAGGCAAAAUUGUGACAUAUUUAACUUACAUGGAAAAAGUAUGAAGUCACACUUAACUUUGAUUAGCCAGAGCAAAAGCUAUGAAGUGAAAACUCCUGCAGAGUUCCCUAGAAAUGAAGAAUCCUUUUUCCUUGCUAACUGUGAAAAAUUUCACACUGAAAUUCCAUUUCCUGCAAGUCAAAAACUCAUCAGCAUUAAAUCUCAUUUCGGUAGCCCCAAACAUAAGAAAACUCAAAAAGUAGAGAAACGUCAUGUAUGCGGUGAAUGUGGGAAAGCCUUUAUCAAGAAGUCUUGGCUCACUGAUCACCAGAUCAUCCAUACUGGGGAGAAACCACAUAGAUGUAGUCUGUGUGGGAAAGCCUUCUCCAGAAAGUUCAUGCUUACUGAACACCACAGAACUCAUACAGGAGAAAAACCUUAUGAAUGCACUGAAUGUGGCAAAGCCUUUCUCAAGAAAUCACGGCUCAACAUACAUCAGAAAACUCAUACAGGAGAGAAACAGUAUAUAUGCAGUGAGUGUGGAAAGGGCUUCGUUCAAAAAGGAAAUCUCAUUGUACAUCAGCGAAUUCAUACAGGUGAGAAACCUUAUAUUUGCAGUGAAUGUGGGAAAGGUUUUAUCCAGAAGACUUGCCUCAUAGCACAUCAGAGAUUUCAUACUGGGAAGACUCCCUUUGUGUGCAGUGAAUGUGGAAAAUCCUGCUCACAGAGGUCGGGUCUCAUUAAACAUCAAAGGAUUCACACAGGAGAGAAACCCUUUGAGUGUAGUGACUGUGGGAAAGCCUUCACCACAAAGCAAAAGCUUAUUGUUCAUCAGAGAACUCAUACAGGAGAGAAACCCUAUGGCUGCAAUGACUGUGGGAAAGCUUUCGCAUACAUGUCUUGCCUGGUGAAGCAUAAGAAAAUACACACAAGGGAAAAACAGAGAGAUUCCAUGGAAAAACCUGCUGACAGUGACAGCUCAGUAUGUACUGGUGGCGUCUUACAGGAGAUAAACCCUGUUAGCACAGUGAUUACCCAGGUGCCUUCAGUGGCCUCUCAGACAUCACUAAGCAUCAGUGGGCUUCUAGCAAAUAGGAAUGUUGUCCUUGUGGGACAGCCAGUGGCCAGAUGUGUGCCUGCGGGAGACCAUGGAGAAUUUACACAGGAGAGAAACCUCAUGAAUGCAGUGAAUGUGGUUGUGCCUUCAGUCAUCAAUUAUGUCUUAUUUUAUGUCACACAAAACCGAUAGUAAAAUUCUUAGAUACAUUCUGUGUGGAAAAGCAUUCAACAGAAGUUCUUUAUAUGGCUGCAAAGUAUAUACUGAAAGAAACUUUAUACAUCCAGAGACUGGGAAAGCCUAAUCAAUGCAUACUGUCUAAAUGCGCAUCGUUACACAGGCAUGGUCUGAUGUUCACCACCCAAACACAUACACAGUAAUUGCUAUCAUGUUAAUUAAAUAAGGGAAGGAAGCCUGAGUUCAUUUAAAUGGAGGAAAUAAGUAUUUCAAGGUUUAACUUGGUAGCUGGAAUAUUGCUGUGAAUGAAAAACCCCAGGAAAGCUGGUUGGCAAAAGGCUAACAUUGCCCUGGUAGCAUUUGGAGCACAGCUUUGUCAAUUUUGUUUUCCCAGUCCAGUGUGAAGGAUUCACAAAAGCAGAAUAUGUACUAAACUUGUAAAACUUUACAUUUUAUAAAGGGACCUCUGAACAGCCUUCCAAGGGUCAAUUGUUCAUCUAACAAGUACUUGACAAGUGCUUUCUUUGUACCUAGUCCUGUUCUAGGAGCUUCAGUCAUAAUGGUGACCAAAACAAAAAAAAAAAGUCCAUGGUCUCUUGGAGAGAACAUUGAGUGAGCUGGCUCAUGUUUAAGUGGUAUCAUUACACUCUAGCCAGUCUAUCUAGAAGAUGUAAACAUCUAUAUUAGGUGAAGUGAAUGUGGGUUAACUAGUUCAAAGAGAUAUUUACGAUGACUUAUUGUUCGGGGAACAUAUUAUUUUGAGAGAUCGGGAAUAUUUACCUACAAUUAUAUUUAAGCACGUUAAAAUACAAAUAAAAGUUAUGUUUUUUAAUGUUCACACCUUAUCUUUCCAAGAGAUUACAAAUUCCAUGAUAAUUUUUGUGGUGUGGCUACAUAAAUUGUUUAAAAAAUUUGACUACAGAGUUCGAACUCCACUUCCUAAGUUGCACUAGCCACAUUUCAAGGGCACAGUAGCCAUAUGUGAGUAGUGGUUACCAAAUUGGACAGCACACACAGUGAACAAAACUGCGAUGACAGGGCAUCUGUCAUUUCUAUCUCACAAGGUUUGAAGAGUGCUGUUUUGCAUGAUUUUGUAUUUCCAAACACAAAGAAGAUCAAAAACUAUUGAUUUGAAAAGUGAAUGAAUGAACUAAGGAGCUAAUCAAACUAGGUGUUUUUUUUUAAUCAUUGAAGAGAAAACUUCUAAAGAAUAGAACUGUUACCCAAAACUUUUGUGUAUGAUUAUACUUAACUGAAUAUAAAAGAGGCAGAAUGGAAAAAAGACCAAGGUCCAUAGAAUAAGAAUACAAAGGAGGAUGAGAACCUUAGUCUUAAGAAUGGAGAAGCAUGUAACAGCUGGGAAAAGGCACAUUCAUUGGGGGCUGUCAUGGGAUGACUCCUUAUCUUUGACCAUACCUGUCAUCUUUUAGCCUUGCCAUUUCAAAGAUCCCAGCUCUUCUGUGAGCUAUUAAACUGAGAUGUAUUUCUCCUCAUUCCUUCCCAUUGUCCCAGGAAUGGAGCUGUUAGCCUGCCUUUAUCCAAAAUUCUUUAAUUUGGUGUCAUCAGGGUGUGUUAUCCAAGUCACAAUGAGUUCUGCUUAUAGAAAAAGCAGAAGUGGCUGUCUCAGGUCACAGAUUGAGAAGACUGAGUCAUGGGUAAGUCACUCUUCCAGGAUGAGUACAGCUGUAAAAUGGUUGUUUUACACACUGGAGAUACGCUGAUGAAGAAAGCAGUCAAGGGAACGUGCCUUAUGAACCUUACUAUCUGGUGAGGCAGAGACAUGGUAAAACAUUACAUAACAUCAGGAAGAAGUAGAUCUAAUAAUAGGUACUGAUAUGUAGUAGUCAUGGUGCUGUUGCUCCCCCAAGGAUUUUCUGGAUAGAUGUACUUAGAGAAUAUCCAAGUGUACUGAGGAGAAGCAGCUGUCAGUAUUUGUGAGCAUAGAACACCUCAAUAGGGUUUCUGAUGGUAAGCUGUGGGCCUCUACCUCAAGGAUAUGAGAUUUUUAAAGUAUGCAGAUUCCUGAGUCACUCCAGCCUCCAAAGUCAGAACCUCUGGGACUGGAGGGUAGGACUCUACAUUUGUUACAAGGUCCCUUAGGCUGAAUAGAAAGUAAGCCAUGCCAUGUUGACCUUGGAGAAGUUCACGACUUUAAAACAGUACAAGAGAGGAAAAGUGAUUUCAAUUUCCUCUCCCUGUGCAGAGCUGUACCCAGUCUUUAAGGCUGCUCAAUUCAGUCAUACCUUGUGGAGGUAGCGGUCAAGGACCUGAAUGCAAAUAAUAGAAAUGGGAACACAGGGUCCUACCCUCAUGCUCUGGCUCUAGCCACAAGGAGGAAGAGAGGCUGCCAUGAGGAGCACCAAAAGUGACAUUUUGGAAGUGGAUUCAUCCUAUGGUAGCUGACCGAAGAGUCUCCAGAAGCUCAUAAUGUGGUGAGCCUGACUCUGAGCAUUGAUCUGGGUGAAGGUCCUUUGUGAGAGGUGGUGUUUUGAAGUUUCCUUGAGUUUGGUCGUUGGGCAAUUGUGGCUUUAGUUAUGGGCACUUUGGAAGUCAGUGACUUCAAGGGUAUGAAGAGAUGAAAGGUCAGGGAACUCUCUUGGUUACUUCAGUAUAACACAAUGUGACUACAUUAAAGUAAAAAAUCACAUUAUUGUAUCAAGAAAUUAAAAUAUUUGAUAACAUUCAACCAUGCAAGAAAGAAACAGAAACAACAUUGAACAAACUAUAAAUGGGUAUUUCUAACCCUGAUAAUGGGCACUUGCAGCUACCAUCACCUCCACACUCCUACAUUUCCCUUCCCCUCCUACCCAAAUAAAACAAGGCUACAACCAAUAAAUCUGUACCUGGG